UUCUUCUAAGCGCAUAGGUGAUCUAUCAACGGGGAUGAAACAGGCUGAGCAAAAUGGAUACCCUACCCUGGUCAUAAAAGGACAAGGAGAGUAAAUUCAUAAUGGCUGAGGUGCAGGAAAGGAUUUCCCCUACUGCUGCGGUGUUGCCAUCUCUGGUUUGGAAGGGUGAUAAAAUUCCAGAUGCCUUUUUGAUGAACAGUAGAGGAGCCGGAUCCGCAUACACACAGAGCCUAGGUUUAUAUGGAAAUUCAAGACCUAAGCUUGAGCUUUUUGUGGAUCUCUCAUUUUGUACAAGAAUUCGUUUCAAAGUCCGACUACAAAUUCGACUCCGGUGUCGGGAAAUUCCUUUAGAACUCGAGGAUCUACGUCGUAGAAUUUGUGAAACAACGUUUUCUGGUGACGGAAGAUUGUUAGCGAUCUGGCCGAAGUUGAUUCCAGUUGAGGCCACCAUUAUUCUUGACUCCUCACUCCUCUACCUGCCUCCAUCCUCGCACUCACCGACUCACACAGGUCGUUCCUCAACGUCGUCGACUGCUCAGUCCUCACAGUCACAGCACAGCACAAAUUCGCACAGUGAUCUAGCAGUAGCAGAGAACUCAAUUGGAGGAAUAUCACACCUUUCAGGAGAUCAUGUGAAUGAGCCAUUCAUAGGAGAAGAUGAAGUCUCUGGUGUACUUCUACAUCACAAGCAAGUCAUCAAACCUUAA